CUAGGCAGCAUGUCAUCACAGGUAUCAUAUCUCAAGGAAAAGCUCUGGAAGCAUACCUCGUUUUUGGGUUUGCAAUUAUGGAUCUUAAUAGUUGCAUUCAUAACAUUAUUCAUUCUUUUGGCUUUCUUCGUCAUCUCUCUGUGUGUCAUCUGUUAUCGUCGUAGAAAAUCCAACAAGGCCCCAUUUUGCCUGCCAAACCCCAUUGCUCCUAAUAAUUAUCAUGGUGCUUACAGCAGCUCCUCACUCAAUAGGAGGCUCCUUCCGCUUAACAUGUCGGAGAUCGAGAUGAAUACGACAAAGCCUGAGCUUCAGGUAAUGUUUUCUGACCAAUGGUCUACUCAUGCUGGUAUAACAACUCAAGAGAGUUGUCUGGCUGAUUUGGAGCCCUUUGCCAAGUUUUCACCUGGGCUUUCAGAAACCUGGAAGGGUAAUCACUUCAGUUUGAGGGAGGUUGAGAUUGUCACAAAUGGUUUCGCCUAUGAGAAUUUAAUUGGGCAUGGAGAUUAUGGUGUUGUCUACAGUGGCGUGCUGUUAGAUGAUAUACGAGUGGCAGUGAAGAAGCUACUGAGUAACAGUUGCCAAACUGAGGAGUUUAUAACAGAGGCAGAGGCAAUCGGCCAUGUUCGACAUAAGAAUUUAGUCAAGCUGCUAGGAUACUGCAUGGAAGAAGGUUACAGGGUGCUUGUAUAUGAAUAUGUUAAUAACAGUAAUCUUCACCAGUGGCUUCAUGGGUCCCUAGGACAAAGCAGUCCUCUUACGUGGACCAUACGUAUGAAUAUUAUCCAUGGAAUAGCAAAAGGAUUGGCCUAUCUCCAUGAAGAUAUUGAACCACAGAUUGCCCACCAAAACGUUAAGGCUAGCAACAUAUUACUUGAUCAUCAAUGGAAUCCCAAGAUCUCCGACGUUGCACUUUUUAGGCUGCUGGGUCCAGAGCACAGCAGUGUAACCACUCGUUCAAUGGUCAAGCUAGGUUAUGCUGCUCAAGAUCAUGCUUUUACCAGCCCAUUGGAUACGAAGAGUGAUGUUUAUAGCUUUGGUAUACUUAUCAUGGAAAUCAUUUCAGGGAGGAUGCCUGCUGAUCAUAAUCAACCCCCCCAAAUUUAUUUGAUUGACUGGUUAAAGUCCAUGGUGGCAAACAAGAAAAUUGCACUUGUAGUGGAUCCUAAAAUGCCAGAAAUUCCUUCUAUAAAGGAACUCAAACGGAUUACCUUGAUUGCCCUUCGAUGUGUCGAUCCUGAUUUAGAUCAUAGGCCAACGAUGGGAGAAGUGAUUCAUAUGCUGGAGCCGCGUGACUUAUUGCUCAAUGAUGAAUGUCGCAUCAAUUGAGAGGCUUCCUUUCGACAUCACACAGAGCAUAGCCAGACAUCUGAACACUACGACGAUGCUUCUGAUGUUUACGGUAAAAAAGAAGCUACAAUCAUUGCGAGAAAAAGAUGAUGAAAUAACACUUACAAUAAUUUCAUCCAUACAACAUUUGUUCUUUAGGAAUGAUCUUUUUUCUCUCCUUUUUAGAAGAAUGCAAAAGCACAACUUUUGU